AUGACAGCCAUCGACUUGGAGACCUUUCCUUUGCACAAGGCGGCGUUUUUCAAUGACGUACAUUCGAUAUCGCAGCUCAUCAAAGCGGGGCGUAGUUUAUACGAGCAGGAUAUGCAUGGUAAUACAGCACUUCACAUAUCAACAAUGCUUGGUCAUCGAGAGGCUACCGCGCUGUUGCUGGCUCAUAACGCACCGGUGAAGGUGAAAAACUGUGAUGGAUGGAAUCCAUUAAUGGAGGCCGUCAGUUAUGGCGACAGGCAGAUAAUAACGGAAAUGUUGCGGAAAUUGAAAGCUCAGUCUCGUAUGGGGAUGACAAGCCGUAAAGCGCAUCUGAUCAAAAUGUUAGAGGGAUAUUGGCGAUUUUUACCUCGAACUAAAUUCCUCUGCUUUCACGAAUGCUCCCAUCUGAUGUGUGUCAAAAUAUAUAAGAAAGGUACUCAGCUGCGUAUGGACACAACACUGGCGGAUUUCAAUGAACGUCGAUGGGAGCGAGGCGAUAUUUCUUUUGUUUUCAACGCGAAGGCCAAAUACGAGAGCGAUGAGUUGAUCAUAAUGGAUAACAAUGCGAAGGUGUUCCAGCGAGUUCGUCAUGAAGAGUCUGAGGCCGAAGUUGAUGAAGAAGUAGAUGUGUUGAUGUCGUCUGAUAUAGUGUCAGCCCAGAGCCUGCAGCAUCGAAAGUCGUUAGCACCACCUGGCCGAAUGCCAACAACGUGGGAGGAGUAUGUGGGGGCAGCGCCUGGUGCAGCGCCACCUCUUGGAAGGGCACAGAUCUUGAAACAGAAUGAAAAGCAAUUCACUGCUCUUAUUGGAAUGAGCGAAGAUUUCCCAAUGGGAGUAGAUGUUCUGCUUGAUAUUCUUGAGAUUGUCGCACCAUUCAAGCACCUCGACAAAUUGCGGCGUUUUUGUGAAGCGAGACUUCCACCUGGUUUUCCAGUACGCGUAGAGAUUCCGUUGCUGCCCACGAUAUCGGCGAAGGUCACCUUCCAAAAACUUCAGUUCAUGAAUAAUCUUUCGGACAAGAUCUUCUUCAUACCAACGUCGUAUCGCGAAGAUCCAACCAGAUUCCCAGAU